UUUCCUCUUCUCUCUCUAGAAAAAAAUGGAGAGAGAGAGAGAGAGAGAGAGAGAGAGAGAGGACAUAAAAUUUUGUCAAAAAAGCACAACCUAAUAAGCUAUCUCCAGCACACAUACAGUCUGUCCGCCCAUUAGCUACACUCCUCAAUUAAUCAUGUCUGCUCCCCGAAACCCCAAUUUUCCAUCCAUCAUCCCUCCUGCAUCUUAAAGUAUUUAUUAUUAUUAUUGACCUAAUUAAAGCAGGCAGCAUAUUCUUGCUUACAAUACAAUACAAUACAAUACAUUACAUUACAUGCCCUGCUGAUCGAUCACCGCCAUGUCUGAUUCCGACAAGUUCAGUAAUCCUCAAAGGUUUGCAUUCGGCGACGAUGGGGGGUACAACAACUACUUUGCAGGGUACAACCACCACCACCACCAACAAAACCCUAGCCGCCACUCCGACGACAUUAGCAGCAGCUUCUCCCAGUGGCUGCACCCGGCGGUUGAUUACAACGCGCUCUCCACCGCCUUUGACGUCUCCUUUUCCGGAAAUGACUAUGCUUCCAUUAAUGAGGCAACAACCGCUGCCGGAAGUUGCAGCGCCGCCCCCGCCGCCGCCGCACCGUCUGAAUACGCCCACACAACUACCAAUUCCUCCAUGUCGCUAGCUUCUUCACCGGAGGGUGAAAUCGAAGAGGGUUCUUCCAUGGAUAGAAAAGAUCUGCUGCCUGAAGAAGCUGGAGAUGAUAAGCCAUCUAAAAAAGACAGCAGCAACAAAGGUAAAAAGAAGGAGGAGAAAAAGAAAAGAGAACCACGGUUUGCCUUCAUGACCAAAAGUGAGAUAGAUAAUCUUGAAGAUGGAUACAGAUGGAGAAAAUAUGGACAAAAAGCAGUCAAAAACAGCCCUUUUCCAAGGAGCUACUACAGAUGCACGAGCCAAAAGUGCAACGUGAAGAAACGAAUAGAGAGAUCAUACCAAGAUCCAACGGUGGUGAUUACUACUUACGAAGGGCAGCACACUCACCACUGCCCGGCGACAAUCCGGGGAAGCGCGGCGGCGGCGGCAUUGUUGGGACAGUACUCUUUAUUCUCGCCUUUCCGGCCAGUGCCGGAGGACCUCUUUUUUCCGGCAGCCACAGAAGCCAAUUACGGUGGUACUUUCAGGCAGCAGACGUCUGCAACUGCAGGGGAGGUAAUUGGAGAUGAUGAUGGUCAUGGCUACUUUGGAUUGUUGCCUGGUAUGGUCACUUCAUUCCUCCAUAUGAAACCCCACCUCCCAUGACCAAACCUAAUUUAACACACUCUUAUUUUAUUUUUUAAAAAAUGCUUUAAGGUUGAUGUAAGUGAUCAUGUACUUGUGUUUGCAUGAUGCCUAGUUUAUUAAGCUAUCUUCGUCUAAUAGGUCUAUGUAUUGAUGCAUGUCAGGAGGUUUCGCUAAAUAUGAUCGAUUCUGGUUUGAUCAAAUCACACACACAUAUAUAUAUAGAGAGAGAGAGAGAGAGAGAAAGAGAUUUAUAAAAAUCUUGUGUGAUUGUUUCGGGUUUAGAUUCGUAUUUUAAAUAGUA